AUGGCAAUGCCUCAAAGCAAUGCAGGCCAUGGAGAUGCUCAGGGUCCAAAUGACACCAACACAGCCUACACCAAGGACCAGAAACAUGGCAGAAGCGGAGCCGCUGACGAUGUGUGCCAGCAUGAGUGCGGAAGCACAUCGAGCUCCAAAUCCAACGGCUCGACUGAUGCCAGCAAGCCUUUCCGCUUCUGGAAGCCCCAUGUGGCUAGUGCUAGCUCAAGCUCUGUCACAAGCUCCGAAUAUUGGCGGGCAGAGGCUGACCGGGAAGAGUGUAGAAAGCUGGCAGAACAGGUGCCGAUGGAUGUUGCUGGCAAGCCGACGUCGGUGGGCAGCAACAAUCAUCCCGAAGCCUGUCUGCCGUGUGUCUUCUUCGUCACGAAAUGUGGCUGUAGCCGCGGGGUGCGGUGUGAGUUUUGUCACUUCCCUCAUCCAGGCAGACGGAGGAGGCGUGUGGACGCAAGAAGGCUUGUAUCAGGUUGCAUAUAG